AUGGGUGUUGAUGUCGAAGUUAUAUCCCCAGGAGAUGGUACAUUUACAAAUGGUCAAAAGUUUGACUCUAGUCGUGACCACGGAAUGCCAUUCAAAUUCAAAAUUGGAAAGGGUGAAGUAAUUAAAGGAUGGGAUCAAGGAGUUGCUCAGAUGUCAGUUGGCGAGCGUGCAAGACUUACUUGCUCACCAGACUUCGCAUAUGGAAGUCAGGGCCAUCCUGGAAUAUAUCCUUUGAUAUUUAAAUAUUAA